ACGUCGGCUCUGUGAGAAGCUGUUACGAGAACUGAAACACCCAAAUGUGAUCGCCCUGCAGAAAGUGUUCCUGUCCCACAGUGACAGAAAGGUGUGGCUCCUCUUUGACUACGCUGAACAUGACCUUUGGCACAUCAUCAAGUUCCACCGCGCCUCUAAGGCCAACAAGAAGCCCAUGCAGCUGCCCAGAGGGAUGGUGAAGUCUCUCCUGUAUCAGAUUCUGGAUGGGAUCCAUUACCUCCAUGCCAACUGGGUGCUCCACAGGGAUCUGAAACCAGCUAACAUCCUGGUGAUGGGGGAAGGUCCCGAACGAGGAAGAGUGAAAAUCGCUGACAUGGGUUUCGCUAGACUCUUCAACUCUCCCCUCAAGCCAUUGGCGGACCUUGACCCCGUCGUAGUGACUUUCUGGUACAGGGCCCCUGAGCUGCUUCUGGGGGCCCGGCACUACACCAAAGCUAUUGAUAUUUGGGCAAUUGGCUGCAUCUUUGCGGAGCUGCUAACAUCCGAGCCCAUCUUUCACUGUCGCCAGGAAGACAUCAAGACCAGUAACCCCUUCCAUCAUGACCAGCUGGACAGGAUAUUCAGCGUCAUGGGUUUCCCAGCAGAUAAGGACUGGGAAGACAUUAGGAAGAUGCCUGAGUACCCAACCCUGCAGAAAGACUUCAGGAGGACAACGUAUGCAAACAGCAGCUUAAUCAAAUACAUGGAGAAGCAUAAAGUCAAGCCAGACAGCAAAGUUUUUCUGUUGCUACAGAAACUCCUCACCAUGGACCCCACCAAAAGAAUCACAUCGGAGCAGGCGCUGCAGGACCCAUACUUCCUGGAGGACCCAUUACCAACCACUGAUGUGUUUGCUGGAUGUCAGAUCCCCUACCCAAAACGAGAGUUUCUAAAUGAAGACGAGCCAGAGGAGAAAACAGAAAAGAACCAGACCCAACAGCACCAGCAGACGACAGGCCAGACUCAGGCCCAGAACCAGCAGCAAACGGCAGCCCAACAGGCCCCCUCCCAGCAGAGCUCGGCCCAAACCAACGGUACCGCCGGAGCCACGGGGGGCACCACCGGCGGGGGUUUGCAACACGGCCAGGACCAGGGGCCCCUCAACAAGAAACCUCGUAUCGGGCCCUCUGGGGCCUCCUCAGGCACUGGGGUGCUACAGUCAGAAUACCAGCACUCCGGCCCCCGCCUUGGUUACCAAAGCAACGUCCAAGGUUCCACUCAGCCCCAGAGCACCAUGGGAUACUCGUCGUCAUCCCAGCAGAGCUCCCAGUACUCCCACCAGACCCACCGUUACUGAGGCUCCCAGUCACCUGAGAACCAGCAGGGGAGUCAGCUCCUCCUCCUUCAACCAGACGUCACCCUCCUCCUCAGCUCCAGCCAAGGCAACGCUCUCACAUCCUGGUCGGACCUUCUUCAGUGCAUUACAUCAUGGCAACUCAGCCAUCCUCCUUUUCAACCCUUCCUCACCUUUGACCUCUUUCCCGACAGCCUCCAAUGGCACUGAAACACGAAGGCAAACAAGCAUAGGAACCAAAAAAAAAUCAAACAAGUCGUUCUGCCUCGUUGGGCUGGUGAACCAUUUUUAAACAACUGAAAAUAAUGUAAGAUAGAUGUGAAGCGUCACACACACAGACUGAGAACCAUGGCACUUACAAACGCAACGUUCCUCACGAGGAAGAAUCGCAGCUGUAUUCAUAUAUGUACAUUAUAUAGCACCUUUUUCUAUUUGAUUUUUUUCUCUCUUAUUUGUUAGAGUUUUCAAGUUUACCUUGAUAGUUGAUGUCAUUGUAAAUAUUGUUACAUAUGAAGCGAUCGGCUGAGACAAAACACAGGAGGAACAGCUCUUUACUGUCAUCUCUAGUGUACUAUUACGUUGGAUAAUCAAAAGAAAAACAGAAAACGUUUGAGCUAACCCUGUCCUUUUAAGAACAAAAGACAGUCACAUGUUUCUACACAGAAAAAAAUCAGCUCUUUAGCUGAUGCAAUUGCAGGGAAAUAUUAAAAUGCGCAAUUUAAUCUUCUUAUUAUAGGGUUUCUAUAUUUAGACCUCUCUUUAUCUAGAUUUGGAUUUGGAAAGUAAGAAAAGUAGUUGUCUUUUUACAGAUCUAAGUCCUGUAUAUUCUGAUUCACUCCACUACUUUUAGAGAUAAGAAACAUUUGACAGCCGAGCUUCGUUCCUGUGACGAUGACAGCGUUUUCAGGAGGUUGGACGCUUCUCGAUUGUGGCCAGCAGCUCCGGAGUGUUUUCCUGUCCAAGAGCUGCCGGUGGACACUUUGCUCACACACUCAUUUUAUUGCGGACUUUCAAGGUUUCUGAACACGAACGUGCGCAUAAACGUACAGGGCAGCUAACAGUACAGCCCCCCCCUUUCUGCUUCUUGAGACUGUUACUGCCUGAUGUCAGAGAGUUUUUUUAAGGUUUUAAUGUUAUUGUUUCUCUGUAAGUGUGUGUGUGCGUGUGUGUGUGUGUGUGCACAGUAUGUUUUUUUAUGCAUGUUGUUUAUCUUUUUACUUACUAGAACUGCACUGACCGCUGAACCGUUCUGCAAAGAGCUGGAACAAACAUGGGUUGCUGGGAGCGCUGCAGUCACAGUUUGAUGUACAGGAGCACGCUGCGGCUAACCAGAGUGUUGGAGUUCUUGCUCACCACUUGAUGUCACCCAAGGGUGACUGUUCACUGUGCUAGUGCAUAACUGAGUUCUACAGAGUCAGAAUCGUGUUGUUGAGUCAUGCAGCAGAGUGCUAUUAAAAAGACUGAACACAAAAACUAUUUUCAAAAAUAUUUGUAAAGCAAAUUUUAAUUAAUGUCGUGUUGGUUUUUUGUAAA